CAUAAAACUGAAUCAUUUUACUUAUCCCAUUGCCAUUAAUCAUCAAGAAUUUUGGAUAAAUCGAACAUUAACAUUACAUGAUCAAAAUUUAAUUCAUUUUGUAUCUUUAUCAACAUUAUUAUUGUCAAUGACUGAUACAUUUUUCUCAAAUUUAUUGAAUAAUUCACGUUUACUUUCCUAUAAUAAUAAUGAUAAUUAUUAUUUUAUUAAAGAAAAUUUUAAUGAAUUUGAAAAAUUAAAUAAUUUAAUUAAUCAACCAAAUACGGAACAAAUGACACGCUUGAGUGAACAAUUUAAAAAUAGUGUUCAAUAUGAUAAAAAUCAGAAUACUAUUGAUGUUAUUAUUUACGGAAAUAAAACAGUAUUUCAUGUUCGAUUUGGUACAACGUAUGAUAAAGAAAUGAGGAGAUUAAUCGACAUGAAUUUAACACAAUUAAAAAAAUGUGUUUGGAAACGUGAACGUUAUUAUCUAAUGGAAUAUAAUAGAGAAAAAAUAAAUUACUAUUGGACUGAAAAGGAAAUUGACGAUAUAGUUGUUGAUGGUAAAUUACAUAAUUAUAAUAUUGAAUAUCGUUACAAUCCAUUGACACAUCCAUUACUCAUCGAUGACUGCAGUAAUUUCAUAUUUAUGCCAAAAAAUACAGGAUGA